GUACCGCGUCAGCCGGUAGCGAUGCUCAUUCGGCGGCCUAAUGCCAUUUGAUCCCGUCCUGUGCCUAAAUGGAAUAAGUGUCGCUGUCGUCAAGAUGCGUGUGACUGUGAUAUGUUUGUUUUUCGUGAGUUUUAUAUUCGUGAGUGCUAAGAAACCUAAUAUAGUGGUAAUCAUUGCCGACGAUCUGGGCUGGAAUGACAUAGGUUUCCAUGGCAUGAACCACAUUCCUACACCGAACAUCGAUGCUCUGGCGUGGUCAGGCAUAGUUCUACAAAAGUACUACGUCCAUCCAAUAUGCACGCCUUCGCGGUCGGCGCUUAUGACUGGGAAAUACGCCCAUAAUCUAGGUUUGCAGCAUAGAGUUUUAUAUGGCAUGGAACCAAGGGGCUUACCGUUGUCGGAGAAGAUUCUACCUCAGUAUCUAAAAGGCCUUGGAUAUAAAACCCACCUUGUAGGCAAGUGGCACCUAGGCAGUUACAAAAAGGAAUAUCUGCCUUUAAACAGAGGAUUCGAUAGCCAUAUUGGGUUCUGGACCGGUAGAAUCGAUAUGUACGAUCACACCAAUAUGGAGCAAGGCUCUUGGGGCUUCGAUUUCAGACGAGGGUAUGAGGUCGCGCAUGAUUAUUUUGGAAAAUACGUUACGGAUAUUUACACCCAGGAAGCAGAAAAGAUUAUCAAAGGGCACAACAAAAGUGAACCACUGUUUCUGGUAGUGGCCCAUUCAGCAGUUCAUUCCGGUAAUCCCCCGGAGCCAAUCAGAGCACCUGAUGAUGUUAUUGAAUCUUUUAACCAUAUUUCUAAUUAUCAGAGGAAGAAAUUUGCUGGGGUACUCUCAAAGCUAGACGAGUCAGUGGGCAAAGUCAUAUCGUCGCUGCACUCUGAAGAUCUGCUUAACAACACAGUUGUGCUGUUCACAACCGAUAAUGGAGGAUGCCCAGCUGGAUUUAACCAAAACGCUGGCUCGAAUUAUCCUUUAAGAGGGACGAAAGCCACAUUCUGGGAAGGGGGUACCAGAGGUGCAGCUGUACUUUGGAGUCCACUAUUGCAGAAAAAAUCUCGUAUAGCCAAUCAGAGACUCCACAUCACUGACUGGCUACCUACGCUCUUUGGUGUUGCACGUGGCAAUGUGAGUGUGUUGAAAGAUAUAGAUGGCAUCGACCAAUGGGACGCACUUUCCAAAGACGAAAAAUCUCAGCGUAACACGAUAACGUACAACAUUGAUCAAAUUGAUGGAACUGGUGCUUUGUCUAUAGACGACUGGAAACUGGUAACAGGAAAAGACUACGACGGGGAAUGGGAUGGCUGGUUUGGACCGGAUGGUUAUGAGGGAGCGUACAACAAAGAUUUAGUAUACGACAGUCCGGCUGGGAAAGCAAUAUCCGACCUUAAACUUAUGCCACCUAAAGACUAUAUUGAUGAACUUAGGAAAACAGCUCAAGUGACUUGCGGUAAUCAAUCAGUUCUAGUCUGUGACGCGAAAGCGAAACCUUGUCUUUUCGACUUGUCACAGGAUCCUUGUGAACGUCAGAAUUUAGCUUCAGAGCAACCAGAAAUGCUAAAAAAACUAUGGGUGGAGUUUUUAAAAGCGAAUGCGACGGCAAAACUACCCAGUAACUUACCAAUGGAUCCACGCGGGAAUCCUAAAUACUGGGGACGAAUGUACGUGAAUUUUGGAGAUUUCGAAAGACUAAGCUAGGAGGAUUCUUGAAUGUUUACUCAGCAAAUAGUAACACCAUAACAAAGACAUUUUUUUAUUAAUUAAAUAAAAAAAACAUAAACACUUUAAAAGAAGUUGGUCUUCUUCUAACUGCCAAAUUA